CCUCUCCCUUCUCCGCCUUGUCUCUGCUCCUCUCCGCUCCGAGGCCGCUGCCACCCGCCGCCGUUCUCGGCCUACUUCCCCGGCCUGUCCCCGUAGACCAGCACAAACCACGGCGUCGAGAGAAGACACCGCUCCACACCGACCGACAGGUGGGUCCAACACGUGGUGUGGGCGCCCCACGUCAGGGUGACUUCCGAACUCAUUUCUGCGUGCGGUUGAAGUCACCCGAUUCUGUCCGCGACUCCUCCCGUCCCUCCCUCCUGGUGUGGAGUCCAGGUCGGACUCACCGCGCCUCCGAUUCGAUCCCCCCACGCCGGGGUUCAGCAGGAAUCCUAAGCUUGGAAGGGCGGAGGAAUCCUGCACACACAUAGCUCCGGAAUCCCGCAAGCGCGAGAACGCCCGGAGCUAAACCCGAGUUACUGCUGCGACAUGAAGCCCAAGGUUGCCGCAGCCGCUGCCGGCGGCGAGAAGGGCCGGGGAGUGGACCCGUCGCUGCCGCGGUUCAAGUGCCAGGAAUGCCACCGGGCGCUCGUCGUCGUCGGCGUGGAGUCAUUCCCCGAUAGGUUGCCCGCUCACGCCAACUCCGGUAUACAUGCAUCCUCUGUUCAGGGCAGCAUUAUGGGGGCGAGCAGGAUGGACAGUUCUUACGUUGUGUUGUCCAAGCAGAACAGAUCUCAAGGCCCCGGGAUUCCCCCACGGCCACCUAGUGCAGCAGCCCGGCAUGUUGAGCCUAACCAAUCAACAAGAGCAAUAGAGGGGUCAUAUAUAAUGCUUCCACCUGCCGCUGCUUCCAUAUACAAGACAUCUACCUCCGAAGGAGGUGGCGCGCAUCUGUCGCCUCCAAAUGUUAACUCUACUAGCCCUUCACCAGGCAACAAUUCUGGAUUUCACUCUAGUGUGACUGUCUUAAAGCGGGCAUUUGAGAUUGCUAGUUCACAAACUCAGGUUGAGCAGCCACUCUGUCUGGAAUGCAUGAGGGUGCUUUCUGAUAAGAUGGACAAGGAGAUUGAGGAUGUAAAUACUGACAUCAAAGCUUAUGAUGCAUGUCUUCAACGUUUGGAGCAGGAAUCCUACAACAUCCUUAGCGAAACUGAUUUCCUCAAGGAGAAAGAGAAGAUAGAGGAAGAAGAAAAGAAACUAAAAGCUGCUAUUGAAGAAGCAGAAAAGCAAUAUUCAGAAGUUAGCUCUGAGAUGAAGGAUCUUGAAACAAAGUCUAAACAAUUUGAAGAAUUAGAAGAGCGGUAUUGGCAUGAAUUCAACAGCUUCCAGUUUCAGCUGACAUCUCACCAGGAAGAAAGAGAUGCGGUUUUGGCCAAGAUAGAAGUUUCACAGGUCCACCUGGAACUGUUAAAGCGCACAAAUGUUCUCAAUGAUGCAUUCUAUAUUUCGCACGAUGGAGUGAUUGGAACAAUAAACAAUUUCCGUCUCGGUCGUCUGCCUAAUGUACAGGUUGAGUGGGAUGAGAUAAAUGCUGCUUGGGGUCAGGCUGCUCUUCUGUUACACACCAUGGCUCAGUACUUCCCGAAAUUUCAAUAUCGAAUCAAGAUUCACCCUAUGGGAAGCUACCCAAGAGUAACAGACAUCAACAAUAAUACCUAUGAACUGUUUGGUCCUGUAAAUUUAUUCUGGAGCACCCGGUUUGACAAAGCCAUGACAUGGUUUCUCACUUGCCUGCAAGAGUUCUCCGAGUUUGCCAUAAGUUUGGAUAAAGAGAACAAUGUUCCAUCUGAUAAGUCAUUGAAGCUCCCCUACAAGAUUGAUGGUGACAAAGUAGGGAGCUACACAAUCUUCUUAAGUUUUAAUAAACUGGAGAACUGGACAAAGGCUCUAAAAUAUAUGCUUUGCAACCUGAAGUGGGUUCUCUACUGGUUUAUCGGCAAUACAAGUUUCGCGCCGCCAUCUGCAUCUUUGUACUUGGCGCAGUCUCCAAACAAGAAGGGUUGAUGUGAUGUUUAAAUGCAGACGGAAUCACUGACCUCAGAAGCUGGAUCGUUGAUUGUAGCCGCAUGUUGACCAAUCACAACAAUAUGAAAUUGAUGUACAUAAAUACCAGGCAUAGCUAGUUUUCUUGUUGCUUCCAAGUCAUCCAUGUGUGUACCUGCCCAAUGUAUAUGAAUAUGGACUGGAGUGAGUUCCAUUAAUAUGUACUCCCUCUGUAAAGAAAUAGAUCGUUUAGAUCAGUAUUUAUCAGCUUUGCGCUACAAGUGCAGAGAAAUUGGAAUGACAGCGAAUGCAGUUUCAAUGUA